CAAUCACAUCAAGCCACAAUGUAUUUCCAAACAACACUCCUUUUCACGCGACGGGCUAUGUCAACUACUUCCUCAUUUCAACUAAAAAGUUUUCGGGUGAAGAAAUUGAUUGCUACUUUGUAUCUCUGACAUUUCAGAUGAUCAGAUACUGUAGUUACUCACUCCGUUAAUAUUAUUACUUGAUAGCUAAGAGGCUACAUUGUAGCUACUACUUAAUCGCGCUGGGAGAGAUCACAAGAAAAUAAACAUGGACAAUACUGGUUUUCCUAGACAAAAAACAAUUAAGCUUGUGAUAAAAACACCUAAUCAAGCCCACGGGGAUCAAACGAUUGAAGGAGUUGACAUGGAUUGGACAGUGAAAGAGUUGAAGACACAUUUGUCGAGAAUGUACCCAAACAAGCCGGCUGAAAGUGAUCAGAGACUAAUUUACUCUGGCAAGCUGCUCCCAGACCACCUGCAUGUAAGAGAUAUUUUCAGAAAGACGGACCUAACACCCACUGUGCACCUGGUGUGUGCAGUAAGGACUCAGCCUAUAGGUCCGCUAGGAGCAAGACCAAAGGUCAGGGAAUCAGAGCAGCAAGAGGCACAAACAUCGGCCAUGCCUACCGGUCAGAACCCAGAGGGUGCCUCCCCAGCUCCAUCUGUGCCCACUGAACCAGAACUGAGACAGCGCAGUUCCCCUGCCCCCUCUCACAACCCACCAGCAGCUGCAUGGCCUGGCACUACAACGCUAGUGGCAGCAGAGAUGACAAACCCAACCUUCCCCACUUACUCCCUCUACAGCCCUCAACAGCUUCUCUGGCUGCAGCACAUGUAUGCUCGCCAGUACUACAUGCAGUACCAUGCAGCCCACGCAGCAGCAGCAGCCUCUGCCCCCUUUGCCCCAGCCGCCGGCCCAUCCCUGCCUGUCGCACCCCACCAAGCCGCUAUCCCAGCAGCCCUGCCAGCCAAUCAGAAUGCACAGGACGCUGCCUUCAUCAACCCGGGAGCAGCCAAUCAGAACCUGCGGAUGAACGCCCAGGGCGGACCUGUGAUGGAGGAUGAGGAGGAUAUCGAUCGGGAUUGGCUUGACUGGGUGUACACGGCUGCACGUCUGGGUGUCUUCCUCAGUAUCGUCUACUUCUACUCCAGCCUGAGCCGCUUUGUCCUGGUCAUGAGCAGCCUUCUCCUUAUGUACCUGCACACAGCAGGCUGGUUCCCCUUCAGGAGAAGGCCCCUGGUCAGAGGUCCAAACAACCAGGUCCCCGAGGUUAUCCAGAACCACCAGGACAGGAACCCAGUUCCACCUACGGAGGACCCUGCAGGAGAAGAGGAGGCCGGGGCGGAGGCUGAGGUUGAUGAACCACACCCCCUGACUGCAGUGCUGGUGCCUCCACACAGGGUGUCCAUCGUUUGGACUGCCUGGAUCUUUUUCAAAGCCUUCUUUGCCUCCCUCGUCCCAGAGGCCCUAGCAGUGGUUAACUGAAUUAUCAACUUUUCCAGCAGGGGGCACACUGGUGCUGAAUUUAACCUGAGUAUUAGACAUGCCUCUCUGUCACGGGAAGUCCUCCCUCUUUGGACUUCUGGAUAGUAGAUGCCUGGACAUUUUGUGAGAAAUCCUGAAUGAUUUAGGGCUUCAAUGCAUACAAAUCCCUGCCUGUAGUCUGUUGUGUGUGUUUAGGGAUAUGGUGGUUCAUUUGGCACUUCCUGCCUUAUGAUAGUGACCAAAUGGUUGUAUAUGCAGUAUAGUACAUACACUUCUCGCUGCCAAAUGCUUGUAUAUACUGUAAAUGAGUAUUGGAACUAAAAAUGUAAAUAUUAUUCUAUUGUCUGUGUAACAGGGUUGGUUAUGUUUCCACUUGACACUGCAGAAACCUGUAUUUUGUUUGUGUAUUCCUAUUGGUUGGUUAAAUUUACAUAUCAGUAAGUUGUUAUGCCAUUGGUCAUGUUUGCAGAUAGGAAGUGAUCGCAAACUUAAAUUCUUCCCAGUUUGAUAUUGACAUUCAGGUGGUAGGCCACGUUCUGAAAUUACUGUAUUCUAUUUUCAUAUUUGCAAUGUGUAGGAGUUCACUAUGUACAGUACCUGUCAAAAGGUGAGGCACACCUACUCAUUCAAGGGGUUUUUCUUAAUUUUUUAUAUUUUCUACAUUGUAGAAUAAUAGUGAAGACCUCAAAACUGUGAAAUAACACACAUGGAACCAUUUAGUGACCAAAAAAGUGUAAAACAAAUCAAAAUAUAUUUUAUAUUUGAGAUUCUUCUAGACACCCUUUACCUUGAUGAUAGCUUUGCAUGCUCUUGUGUAACGGAUGUGAAAUGGCUAGCUAGUUAGCGGGUAUGCGCUAGUAGCGUUUCAAUCAGUUACGUCACUUGCUCUGAAACCUAUUAGUAGUGUUGCCCCUUGCUCUGCAAGGGCCGUGGCUUUUGUGGAGCGAUGGGUAACGACGCUUCGUGGGUGACUGUUGUUGAUGUGUGUAGAGGGUCCCUGGUUCGCGCCCGUGACGGGGCGAGGGGACGGUUUAAAGUUAUACUGUAACAUUGAUGCUGUUGACCCGGAUCACUGGUUGCUGCGGAAAAGGAGGAGGUUGAAAGGGGGGUGAGUGUAACGGAUGUGAAAUGGCUAGCUAGUUAGCGGGUAUGCGCUAGUAGUGUUUCAAUCAGUUACGUCACUUGCUCUGAAACCUAUUAGUAGUGUUGCCCCUUGCUCUGCAAGGGCCGUGGCUUUUGUGGAGCGAUGGGUAACGACGCUUCGUGGGUGACUGUUGUUGAUGUGUGCAGAGGAUUCCUGGUUCGCGCCCGUGUCGGGGCGAGGGGACGGUUUAAAGUUAUACUGUAACACUUGGAAUUCUUUCAACCAGCUUCAUGAGGUAGUCACUGGGAAUGCAUUUCAAUUAAUUUGCCUUGUUAAUUUCUGGAAUUUCUUAUUUUAAUGCAUUUGAGCCAAGCAGUUGUGUUGUGACAAGGUAGGGUUGGUAUACAGAAGGUAGCCCUAUUUGGUAAAAGACCAAGUCCAUAUUAUGGCAAGAACAGCUCAAAUAAGCAAAGAGAAAUGACAGUCCAUCAUUACUUUAAAACAUGAAGGUCAGUCAAUCUGGAAAAUUAAGAACUUUGAAAGUUUCUUUAUUAAGUGCAGGUGCAAAAACAAGCAAGCACUAUGAUGAAACUAGCUCUCAUGAGGACCGCCACAGGAAGAGAAGACCCAGAGUUACCUCUGCUGCAGAGUAUAAGUUCAUAUAGAGUUACCUGCCUCAGAAAUCGGCAAUUAACUGCCCCUCAGAUUGCACCUCACAGAGUCCAAGUAACAGACAUCUCAACAUCAACUGUUGAGAGGAGACUGCGUGAGUCAGGCCUUCAUGGUCAAAUUGCUGCAAAGAAACCACUAAUAAAGGACACCAAUAAUAAGAGACUUGUUUGGUCCAAGAAACACGAGCAAUGGGCAUUAGACUGGUGGAAAUGUCUCUUUUGAGCUGAUGAGUCCAAAUUUGAGAUUUUUGGUUACAACUGCCGUGUCUUUGUGAGAAAGGGAGUAGGUGAACGGAUGAUCUCUGCAUGUGUGGUUCCCACCGUGAAGCAUGGAGGGGGAUGUGUGAUGUUGUGGGGGUGCUUUGCUGGUGACACUCAGUGAUUUAUUUAGAAUUCAAGGCACGCUCAACUAGCAUGGCUACCACAGCAUUCUGCAGGAAUACACCCUCCCAUCUGGUUUGCGUUUAGUGGGACUAUCAUUUGUUUUUCAAGAGGACAAUGACCCAAAACACACCUCCAGGCUGUGUAAGGGCUAUUUGACCAAGGAGGAGAGUGAUGGAGUGCUGUAUCAGAUAACCUGGCCUUCAUGAUCACCCAAGCUCAACCCAAUUGAGAUGGUUUGGGAAGAGUUGGACCGCAGAGUGCAGGAAAAGCAGCCAACAAGUGCUCAGCAUAUGUGGGAACUCCUUCAAGACUGUUGGGAAAUCAUUCAUCAUGAAUGAGAGAAGGCCAAGAGUGUGCAAAGCUGUCAAAGGCAAAGGGUGGCUACUUCGAAGAAUCUCAAAUAUAAAAUAAAUGUAGAUUUGUUUUACACUUUUUUGGUUACAUGAUUCCAUGUGUGUUAUUUCAUAGUUUUGAUGUCUUCACUAUUAUUGUAGAUAAUAGAACAUAGUAAAAAUAAAGGAAAACCCAAACUUGACUGGUACUGUAUGUGUACGCUACCUGUUAGAUAUUGGUCAUGUAAUUGCUGUAAGAGCGAGUUAGCUAGCAUGCUCUAAUUUUAACGGUCGCUUUAGCUCCCUGCUAUUUCCAAACGAGUAACGAAUCUACAGCCAUCAACAUACUGUUGUCUUACACAUCUAACGUGCUUCCUUGUUUCUAUCGUCAGGUACCGUCACAUUUAUUGUAUUUUGUACUCUUUUUGUCAUUGUAAAGAUGUUUGAUAAAAAAAAUACCCAAUCUGA